GGCGAGGCCGCCGGUGUUAGCUAUGGCGGCGCGGCUGCGGGCGGGCGCUGCCCGGCGCCGUCGCGGGCCGAUGACGCGGGAGGUCGGUGCGGCGUUUCCCGGUGUCGCUGUUCCCGGUGCGAUGGGAUUCCGCGCCCCGCGCUGAUGGCGGCCUGCCGGACACAGCACGGCUCCUCGCCGGAGCCCACGGUGGAUGAGUUCACCGUCCCCGCCGAGAAGAGCCGCCUCCUGGAGUGCAGCCGGGGCCGCAUCGAGGGUUUGUUCGAGGUGCGGCUGGCCGUGCUGGGGGCGCAGGGGGACUGGCGGCCCGCGCUGCAGCCGCCCAGCGCCAGUGCCAGGAUCUGGGUGCAGCUGGCGGGCUGCAGGAAGGCCGUGAGCAGCGCCAAGGAGUACAUCAAGGGCCUGUGUGAACCUGAGCUAGAAGAAAAGGAGUACUACCCAAAGGACAUGCACUGCAUCUUUGUUGGUGCGCAGAGCCUGUUUCUCAGCAGUCUUAUUCAGGAUACAUGUGCUGAUGUAACAGUGCUGGAAAUGGGAUUGCUCAGUAUUAAGGGGGGUGCAGAAGCCGUUGUUAUGGCUCAAAGUCAUGUGCAGCAGUUUGUGAAGCUUUUUGAGAAUAAUGAAAGCUUAUUAAAUGACAAUGAAUCAGAGAUUAAAAAGCAGUUCAGACAAUUUGUAGAAGCACACGCAGAUAAGUAUACAAUGGAUUUACUGAUUUUGCCUAGUGCACUAAAAAGAGAACUCCUAGCUCUCACCCAUAGUGAUGUUUCUGAAGGGGAGAUGGAAAUCAUAGAUCUCACAGGCUCUGGAAACCCACAGCAGCUUGAACAGAACAGCACCUCCAAAGUUGUUGCUGCAAACAGAGGUGGAAGGGCAGUUGGGGAGGAAGCAAGAAGCAAUGCUGGCACACCUGUAACUGAGCUUACAAAGCAAAUGGACUCUGUGUUUUCUGAUGCUCCUGAAACAAGAUUUGCUCCCAUAAAGGACCCUCUGUUAGAGGCAGUGGCCUUUAAAGAGAGGCAGUCAUGUAAAAGAAGGUCUUCUGAUGAGGAGGAAAGGCUCCCUAAAAAGCAUUUCUCUUUGGAAAACGAUCAGCAAGUGAAAUCUGCUUUAGACAAGAAUCCUUCAGACCCUGAUGCAGUUAUUGAUCUGGUUUUGGAUAGCUGCAAUGAAUCAGAUGGUCCUACUUGCUGCCUUAAAGAAGGUGAUGCUCUCACUGAGGAAAUGGAAUAUAAGAUUCUUGUGAACUUUUUCAGAACAAUGGGAUAUUCCCAAAAUAUUGUAGAAAAAGUUAUUGGUAUCCUAGGACAAUCUGUGGAACCAUUAAUAUUGCUAGAAGAAAUUGAAAAGGAAAAUUUAAAGUUUAAAAAAGAACAUGAACAGUCAUCUCAAAAGCCUAGAACUUUUCCUUUAGGAAAUAAUGUAAAUAAUUCACAAAACCUAGAAGACAAAGGCAUUUCUAGGAAUAAAAGUCCACUUAAAUCCAGCCAUACUUCAAAGGAGACAAAAAAUGAGUAUCACAAAAUAAGAGAUGCUCCAGACACACAAGCUGGUGCAGAAGAUAAAAUGCAUCAAUUAGUAUGCAAAUCUUCUUCCCCUCCCAGCAAAAAUUCAGGUCUGUGCUAUAAACAAAGAGAUGGUUAUGGCCCUGGUAAGAAUCACAGCUCAAGGUUAAACAAUAUAGAAACUGAUGGUGAGGUAACUAUGCAAGCUGGAGCUCUAAAGGAUGUUGGCUUUGUAGCCAGAGGGAGCUCAGAUAUACAGCAUAUCUCAAGUAAGAGUAAAAGUGCAUUUCAGCAAAAAUCUGUAGGGCCCUCAACUGUACAGAACAGCCACCCUGUUUCUGAGGAGCAGCUGGGACACUGCAGCUCUUCUCAAGUGAGGCCUCUCCACCAGCGCCUUUCUCAAACCUCACAUUGUGACAAUCCUGUCCCAGACCGGUUACUGUCCUCACAAAAACACUCCUCAAAUCCAGACAGAGACACAGUGGGACCACAUCCAGAUCAUUCAGUUACUGGAGUUCAAAGAUUUUUGGACUCUCUGAAGAAGCCAUACAAACUGGAGUUGAUAAAUGAACCUGGAAAACCAUAUUUAAAACAUAUAAUUAUUGAUGGAAGUAAUGUUGCCAUUUCUCAUGGUCUAAGGAAAUUCUUCUCCUGUCGAGGAAUAGCAAUAGCUGUUGACUACUUCUGGAAACGUGGCCACAGAAAUAUUACUGUGUUCGUUCCACAGUGGAGAACAAGACGUGACCCUUCCAUUACAGAGCAGAAUUUCUUAACACAGCUCGAGGAUGUUGGAAUAUUGUCUUUAACCCCUGCAAGGAUGGUUUUAGGAGCAAGAAUUGCUGCUCAUGAUGACAGGUUUUUAUUACACCUUGCUGCUAAAACUGGAGGUGUUAUUGUGACUAAUGAUAACUUCAGAGAGUUUGUGACAGAAUCAUUUGCCUGGAGAGAAAUUAUUCAGAAAAGGUUGCUCCAGUACACUUUUGCUGGUGACAUAUUUAUGGUUCCUGAUGAUCCUUUGGGAAGAAAUGGACCCAGGUUAGAUGACUUCCUUCGAAGUGAAGGCUGUUCUAGAGAUUCUUGGUUAACACAGAAGGUUUUACAGAGCAGUGGACAACAUUCUUCUGAGACACCAUUUUUCCCCCCCGAAGUGAGCAGUAGCAGUCGACAGCCUGGAGGCAGAGUGCACGAUGAUCGUUCAUCCCUGAGGCUUCCAUGGGAAGAAAACACAGAGCCUUGUCCAGCAAUUCCACCACAGAGAUCUGCCUCAGAAACAGUCCAGCUAAGAGAAGCCCUGAUCAGAAUUUUUCCUGACUAUGAUCAAAGGCAGAAGAUUGAUCGAAUACUAGCUAAUCAUCCAUUCAUGAGAGAUCUUAAUGCGCUGUCUGCCAUGGUACUUGACUGAAUGCUUUCACAGCUUUUAUAGCACAACUGCUCUGACUAACAAUUAUCAAUGUGAAGAAAAAUAUCACUCUUUUAUGUUACUCUGUGAAUAUUAAAACCUAAUUUUAUUUGUAUAAACAAAGAUAUUUUUGUGUAUGUUCUGUUGCUAAUAGAUGCCAGGUUUUGGCAAAUUUAAAACUGCUGCUACUACAGAUUUGUAAUAAUAUUUUUUAUGAAAAAAAAAACCCAAAUCUUCUGCUUUACUUGAAAUGCUUAUUAAAGCAGUGGGAGUACUCCCUUUUGAGCAGUGUUAGUACUUUUUCCAAAACCCUUUUCCUGGAAGGCAGAAUUCCUGUCAGUUGGAGACCAGCAUGUGGGAGCAGCUGCCAGCAGGUGGCGGCCGUGGGCCCGUGAGGAUCCCCAGGAAGGGUGUGAAAAUCCAAGAAAAUCCAUUUGUUCUUUCAGGCUAGAAAUGCUGUACGGGGUAGUUAGAAGAGAAAGUAUAAAUUCACAGCUCUCAUCGGGAGAUGGUCUUUUGAAUGCUUUAAAAGGUCUGAAAGCCACACUGGUUUUUAAAUUGUAAAUUAACUUGGACAUCAGUAUUCUUUCAGAAUAGUUUUAAUAUCUUUAACAAUUGCACUUAUACCUGUUUGUCAUGGCCUUGCCUGUUCUAACUGUGAAUGGCGUGGUGUUAACAGAAUGUGAUGCUGUCUGUAUAUUUUUGUGUAGAUCUACUGCUGCAGUCAGCUCCUCCCCUUUAGAUCUGUUCUGGGGUCUAUCCCAAAAGUAAAGGGAAAAAGAGGAGAUAAUUUAUGAAAGCUGACCAAUAGGACCACUUUCAAGAGCAGAGCAAAGUUAGGAUUGUCUGUAUCUCUGUACACACUGAAGUCUGUUACUCUUUCCUUUUAACCAGUCUCUGAUGCCAGUUGUUCACAUGAGUAAAAUCAAAUUGGACUGUAAGGAAACAUCAGCUUCUGCUGUACUGAGCCUUACCCUAAAGCAUUAGUGGCUUUCUCUCCAGUUCCAUGGGGUGUGAAAUCACCCUUUGUUUAUAUGCAAAAGAGCUGAAAUAUACUUCAGGAACAGGGGGUUUUGAAAGACUGUCUUUUUUGCAUGGCCCUUUUUGCAUGGCCCUUUCAUGGUUUGUGAAGUCAGAAACAGAAGGAAGUCUUGCUCUUCCCUUAACACAAGCACCCCGAAAGAGAAUUGCAGCAAGAACAAAAAAGUUGUAGGAACAGUAGUUACAGCUCCUCAAAAAUACAGGUGAUGAUGAAGAAAGGCUUUUAAUGUUUCUACAUCCAAACAGACAAAUCUUAAUUAUUUAUUUUAUAUGAGUAGGAGAUUUGCUAUUCAGGUGGGUAGAGUCCUGACCAGCACCUGUUUGCCAAGAAGUCGUUCUCUACCUCUGAAGUGUUGUGUAAUCUCUAAGUUCUAACCCCAUAAAAUCUUAGGCAGGUUCCUAAAGCCUGGUAUAAUUUUAAUAAAUAGUAAGAGAAUAAAUCACCAGCUCCCUUGCAGUGCCUGGGGGGGCUGUCUACGUGUGUGAACACGCUCCUUGAAGAACUUGUCUUCUUUCCAUUAGGUAUAGCCCCGGUUGCAUAUGCUGUUUUCACUUUUUUAGGUACUGGUGUGAGGAUAUAAAUAUUGUAACUUUUAUUUCAGAAUCACAGAAUAAGCUGAGUUGGAAGGGACCCACAGGGAUCGUCCAGUCCAACUCCUGGCCCUGCACAGAACACUUCAACAAUCCCACCCUGUGCCUGAGAGCAUUGUCCAAACACUUCUUGAGUUCUGUCAGGCUUGGGGCUGUGCCCACUUCCCUGUUCAGUGCCCAACCCUCUCUGGGUGAAGAGCUUUUUCCUGAUCUAACCAAAAUCCCCCCAACUCAGCUUCAAGCCUCAGGUCCUGUCACGAGAGCAAAGAGAUUGGUAUUCUUUCUUCUUUCUCUAUCUCUUUCUCCAAAGUCUGUUUCUGAAGCUUGCCUCGUGCUAUUCAACCUUUGGUUGCUGCAAAAAUGCAACUAGAAGCAGUGGUUUGAGUGGAAAACAACAGGGACUUUCCUUUACAUGUGAGUGAUUCGACAUUUCCCUCUCCCUCCUUUUAAAACAGUAAAGUCCUGAGACUGAUUCCUGGUGAGAGACCAAGUGCAGGAUUUCUGGGACAAAUACAACAGUUUAUUGUAAAAAGGAGUGUUUUCUCCUACAUUUUAAGAGCAUGUAAUGUAAACAAUUUUAUUCUAGUUGUCAACAAGCAAAGCUCAGAUGAGUCCCAGUAGUGGGUGCUAGUGCUGCUGUUUUCCUUCCUGUUUUAGUGCCAUAUUAGGGUGGCUUGUGUUUUGGAAGAGCAUUUCUGAACCAGAGAGAGAGUGCCUGUGAAAGUUCCAUGACAAACAGUGACUCACACAGUGUCUUUCUAAUACUGGCAGUGUUUCCUUCUGUUUUGCAAGCUUGCAGGCUGUGUUUGAUAUGAAUGCCUUUCUUGCUAGAAUUUUGUGUAGCUGCAUUAAAUGCUAUUUUUACAUGUGGGCCUGGUUUAUGUUCUGGAUGGCUGUUUUAUUGGAAAGGUUGUAGCUCUGCCAUAAUCCAUGUAGAAGACCUGUUAUUUUCAUAAAUACAGUUUAGAAUAAUAAUGACUUUGCAGAUUCUGAGACCUAAUCUGCUGUCUGGUAUUUGGAGGAGUCUGGUUAUAUAAGUAGGUGUUUCUUUCAUGUGUUCAGUUUCUCUUUUUUAUCACAGAACAGAAACCCAAGUGCCUUACAACAGUGUAAUUCACAGUGUUCAGACUCUUCCUAGCCUUCCUGACUGCUACCAUUUGUACUCAAUUUUGUACAUAAAUCUAACAGUUUUGUAUAUGUUGGUAUGUGACUCUGUGCAUACAGUGGAAAUACUGCAGUGCUCAGCUAGAUGGUGUAGACAAUUACUUUUAAAAAGCAGAUGAAUUUUAGAUUUGUACAUUUUUUACCUGUUUAUUGUAUGCAUUUAUGUUUAGAAUGUGGUUCUGUUGUACUCUUCAAACUCUGCUGUGUAUGACAAUCCCAAGUUUUUGUUGUCUGUUUUGUGGCUCACUAUGUUCUGUCAGAUUGCAUUAUAUAAUUUUAAAUUGCUAAUUCAAAGGAAGCAUUUUUUUAAGAAGAAACUGGGUUUGAACGCAUUGGGUCCCCUUUUCAGUCUCCACUUGAGUAUUUUUAACUGUUUCAGGAAUGAUAUUUUAAAUGUACAUAAGAGAACUAAAAUAUUACAUAUUUUUAAUUAAACAGAAACAACAGUCCAAAGACAUCAGAAUUCUGCUGAAAUGUAUCAAUUAGGUUUUCUUUUAUUAUCAUUUUUCACUAAGUAAAGGAAUAAUUGUGAUUCAAAUCCAAAGUCAAGUAUAAUUUUUCUCCCUGGUUUUUGAAUGAGCAUGCGAUAUUCAAAGUAUUGAGUCCUAGUAUUAUUAAUUUUAAGAACAAAACUUUGCUGCAAAAAUAUUAAGAGUCUAUUAAUCAAAAAUAAAAGGCU